AUGAAGAGCCUCGCCACGAAGGCGCCCGCCGUGUCAGCAAGCAGGCGAAAGCGUCGCUGCCACCCUGAGGUGAAGAACAAGGCCUUCAAGCAGGCCAAGGAGGAGGCGGAGGAGGACGCCGAGCCACGGUACGGAGGCGUCUUCAAGGCCAAGGAGCUGCCCGCCGAGUGCCACAGCCGCUGCGUCAAGCCGUGGAAGGAGUACGAAAAGUGCGAGGCGCGUAUCGAGAAGGCGGGCGAGGGCAACUGCGCCUCCUGGUACAGCGACUACGUUCACUGCGUUGACACGUGCGGCGCCAAGGUUCUCUUCGCGACGCUGAGGUGA